GCUAGUAUUGACUAUACUAAAUUCGAACUUAGUAAUUCCGUCGCCGUUUUUAGGGCAAGUCCCGUUAAGCUACUAUUUACUUACUUAGCUAUUUUAUAUAAAUUAUCUAAGGUUUACGUCGUUAACUAUAUAAAAAAACGCCUUACUCUCGCUACUUUUAUUAGCGCUAUCCUAAUUAACUUUAUUAAUAAAAACCCCGUUACUUAG